UUCCAAUUACAUAAUAUAUAUCAGUUUACAGUAUAGAAUGAUGUCAAUCAAGCACUGUGCACAGUGUUUCUAUAUAAUGCUCAAAACUUAAAAGAAUUUCCUGUGUAUAUACAUAUGCCGUCUUGCCAUGCUUUUUCUUGUCCUUAGUGUUCAACUUGCGUAACAGUUGUAUUACCAAAUAUGCCUCCACUUUGAUCCUUUAUGUUUGACCUCUUUACCAAGCUUAUACUUCAUUAAUUUGGAUGUUCUAUAAUUGUGUAUAGUAUAUAUGCAUACUCUUUUCCUAGCUUCUGCUAAGUCACAUCACAUUCUGAUAUAAAGUUUGUCACUUCCACUUCUCUUCCUUUGAUCAUGAAUCGUGUUUCUCCUCUUUUGAUAUGCAUUUGUUUCUUCCAUGGCCUAAACAGUCAAUGAGACGCUUAUCAAACCAUGUUUCUCCUUUUAUGAAACCGAGUGGUUGGUAUCUUCUGUCUUUAGUGGAUUUUAGUUUGGUCAGUGUUUGGUGGUUCAUCACAUGACAGGUUCCAAUCGCACAGUCUCUAUUUUCUAUUAUUAUUUUGGAUAGAGUUCGUUGGGUUCUGUGCACUUUGGUUCAUUUGUUUUUUGCCUCCUCUAUAAGGGAUCAUAAUAACAAGCUAUAAGUUUUGUAUUUUGUGAGCAAUCGGUUGAGUCCAGAUUUGAGUGUGUGAUACUGAUAAUAGGAAAAAGUUGAAAUGGGGAAACUUGGUUGGAUGUUUGACAAGUUAUGUCUUCCUUCUUGUUCAAAUACCUGCUUCUGUGUUAAUUCCAUGGAAUUUGAAGAUGAUGAGUUUGAGAGCAAGCCUUUGAUUGAUAGUGGCAGUGAUCUCAAACUAAGACUCAAGGAUGUAGUUGAUGGAAAACAGACAUUGGCUUUUCAAUUGAAACCUAAGAUAGUGAUACUGAGAGUGUCCAUGCAUUGCCAUGGCUGUGCAAAAAAAGUUGAGAAGCACAUCUCAAAGCUGGAAGGAGUGAGGUCAUACAAGGUAGAUCUGGAAACCAAAAUGGUGGUUGUAAGUGGCGACAUUCUUCCUUUGGAAGUGUUGCAGAGUGUUUCCAAGGUUAAAAAUGCAGAGCUUUGGAAUUCUCCCUGACCAAAAAUUCUGCACAAACACCAUCAGCCUCGGCAGAUUCUACAAAAGUCAUUUUUCUCCCAUAUCUCACAUUAUGCAAAUGGAAAUUGGUAAAAAGUUAAUGUGAUUGAUAAUUUGAUAGAAGUUUCACAUGAAACACUACUAGUUACAGGAAAAGCUGAAGAUCCGUUAUGUACAGCUACUCUGCUAGCUUUUAAAGCAGAUUAAUAUAGUAAUUUGUUAUGUGCC